AUAUACGCCAGCACCCCAUUCUCUUUACAUCUGCUGUUGCUAUCAUUCCCCUGGCAGCUCUAGUCAUGCCUUCAUAUCGCGGUUACAUCGACCUUGGCCCCGGCGGCCUCCCGCAUAAUGCUUUUGGCUGGCUUCUUCAAGAAACUCUACGUCCACUUAGUCUGAGCAGCACUAUCGAUAUCGGCAUCUUUCAAAAGCCUGGAGUUUCCGCUCCUUACGAACCACAUGGCGACACACGAUUUCUCCAAGAGCCGCUUGCGCAACGUCGAGGCAAUCGGCCAACCAUCCCCAACUACGUAGCCCCUCAAAGGCAGACUACCGAAACAGGCGAUGCCACUCUUGUCACACGAAUGAACAACCAUUUGAAAGAAUUGUCCAGCCGCCACCCGGAGAAGCUCGCUGUGAAGGCAUCUGGCUUGGAGGCCAAAGAAAAUCCUGCGUUAUUCUUGAUUAGCAGCCCACUGCCAAAAUACCUGGAGAAAAGUACAAAGGGUGAAAUCGUUCACGUACAUGGAGAAGCAAGUUCUCACAUGGUUCUCAGCCUAACUGAUGCGAAGGAGGCAAUGGCAAAGGGAUGGGCCGAGUUGCAUCCGCUAAGUGGCGUGAUGGGACGCAUUCCAUUGCCAUAUGUCAUGAUUUAUGCGCCGCGAGAUGACGAGGAGUUUGGCCAAUGGGCAAGAUUUGUCGACGCUGCUGUAGCAUUUACUUCUGCGGGUCAGCAAUAGUGGAAGAAUGCAACACUCCUGGAGUUGAAUGCAUAGGAAUGCAUCACAUACGACCUGUCACAUGUGGACUUUACAAUUAGCCGAUAUCACAAUAAAGCUGCUGGAAGAUGGUUAUAC